AGACUUUUCUUAUGUCUUCAUCGUCUGGUGAUAUCUUCGUGUUCCAGCCUCUCGCAUCAUGAGUUCUCCCCCAGCAUCGCCGAAUGAGAAAGAGUUCUCCAGCCCCUGUACAAGGUACUCCAAUGCGUCAUCAUCAUCCACUCUUCGUUCCAGCACAACUCCCAAGUCGCUGCGACACGUAGCAAACAGCUUCGGAGUGUUGCUACCGAGAAAGAGGCCAGCCGAUGUAGAACAGCAGGCUGACUCUACCGUUGGCGAAGGCGAAGAUGAUGAAGAAGAAGGUGAUGGGCCUAUCUUCCCACCCGGUGGGUCGGGGCCGUAUCCAACCAAAGUGCGAACACUCGAAAAAUGUCCAAAUGGCCACGCACGACUCGCAGCCUUCAAUGCAAGUGAAUAAAACUUCAUGCUCUACCGCGGCUUUAGCAACGUUCACGCACGCCUCCUUCUAAGUCUUCAAGCCAGUAUCCAGAAGCUCGAAGCCGAGCUAGACAACAUUGACCGCUUCCAUAAUACCCUUCCCGAGGCCUACAAGAAGCGCUUGCGAUCCUGGGAUCUUGACGUCGCAGCCUGCAGACAAGAGAGAGAGGAAGCAAAGGAAGAUGGAGACGAAGAUGAGGUCCGGACACGAGAAGAUAUUCUAGAGGAAUUGAGAAUCAAAGUGAACCGAUACGACGAGCUACUGAUCAAAGCGAGAGAGCUCAUCUCUUUCCAAAGGCCGACCAAACGUGAUUACAAGAGCGUGAGGGACUGGUUCCACAACAUUGCGCCCCUCGUCGACGAGGAGCAAGAUUAUAUAUUGUGGAAAGAAGACAUUGUGACGCUCAGACAUGGGAGGGAGUGGGCGGGUUUUGACGGCAUGGUCGAAGCGAUGUUGCAUAAGAUAGAUAGCCGACCCAUUCAAGUGAGUAACCUAGUAUAUGAUGCUUCGUAGUGUUAACCCCCGAUAUUUCCUGGUUAGGCAGUCGCGCACCCCGCCCCAAAAUCGCGUGCAUGCAACGCGAACCAGGUGCUAAUUCUCCCCUAUUGUAGACUAGUACAGUGCAACCCCUUAAUUUGCAUAAUUUAGGUUUAGCGUGCCUUAUUAAAACUAUUAUCCUACUAACAGCAGGACGCACGCUGAUGCCACACUCCUUAAAAGCAACUGUUUCUGCGUUCUGUUAAUUGUUGUGUUUAAAGCGUAGAGAUAGCGGCAAAUUAGAUCUUGUUAACCC